AUGACCCGCCGACUGAGCAGCUCAACCCGUUCCCACACUGAGGACUCUAUCUUCCUGAGGCCCGAUGAGGACCCUGUCUGGCUGGAUGAGCCCACAAAGACAGAAAAAGUGGCUGAUAGAAACCCGAAAAAAGACUUACUCCCAAAUUGCAAAGGUGGACCUUCAAGAGGCCAAAACACACAGGGGGACGAAGUCUUCUUGCAUAAGGUGUAUGCGCUUGUGGUGGAGAUCCACUGCUGGGCUGCACUAUUUGUUAUCUCUCAAGUCACGGUAAGUGAAUGCUAAGAAGUGACCAGAAAAAAUAUCAUGAAAGGGGGUCACUUGUUUGAAGAUUUUUCCAAAAAUAUCUCCUUUAAACUCAACUAAAGGUUAAAAUUACCUCCUUGCACAAGCUUUGGUUUUAAGAUCAGCAUAAAAUAUAAGCCUGUUUAAAAACCACAACUGUGCCACUGCAAUGCGGUGCAAUCAUAUGGGUGCAAUGCAAACAUCAUUUGCACUUUCCAAUGUAGAACCUGAACUGGACAAAAAAAAAUCAUUUUUAUAAAUGUAUCUUACUGUCACAAUUUCUUCAGUCAACUUUAAUUUAACUAAUGCAAAAUGUCGAAAAUAAAAUUGGAUGCCAUUUUUCUCAUCCAGUUAUGAUUCAUUCAGAAAAGAAGAAGAAAAUCUAAUUUUACAUUAUGCAAAAGAAUGCAGAAUGGAGCAUUGAUUAUAAAAACCAGACCCCAUGGGGUCAAUACCUUUUUUUUUUGCACAUGCAGAGAAGGCUUUUUUCUGUUCACUUCUCACCAUAAGCAGCCUGAUUACUGCUGCAUGAAUGACUAGAGAGUGCAUUGUCACAAUCUUACCCCGCUUCUUCUCUCCCCUCAGGGGUACUGGGUGUUUUUCGUGGUGGAAGGAAAUGGACCGCUCUCCUCCAUCUACAAGGCCCUGCAAGCCAUCGAUUUCUACCUUAGCUUCAUCUUACCCUGUCACCCCAUUUUUGGAAUGGACGUAAGCAUCAGUCCUGUGAUCUGACCUCCAAAGCUGUUGUUUUUUUUUUUUUUUUUGAUAGAGGCUGCUGAGAAAAAUCUUGUGAAUAUCCUGGAUCUGGUGUUAAUGUCCCUAACUGCUCUCUUUCUCUCUCUCUCUUUGCACUGGGCAGUCUAUGGUGUUAAUGAGGGAGGUGUUGGACACCACGCAGCACAACUGGAUCAUCAAUGGGACUGCAGGCGUUGGUGUGGCCAUCUGUGUGAUCAUGGUAAAACACUGGACAGGCUGUUCCAUUCCUGGAAAUCUUAUUGUAUUUCUGUAUGAAUCAGUCCCUCCAGGAUUUUACUGGAUUUUCUAAGAUUGUUGUUGCACCUGAUUUGAACCUCUGAUUUGCCAGACCAUAUUUUAAAGUCGCCAAAUGAUAUAUAUGACGUUUAGAUGGUGAAGACAAAUGUUAUACAGAAACCAACUAUAAACGAAACCAUCAUUUACAUGUUACAUUUGAUUCCAACCAAAUAUAUUGACAUUUAAAGACACAAGGUGAUCCACAUUGUUCUGUUUACCACUCAUCUCUCUUCAGGUCAUCCAUGUGGUGUGGAAAUGGCGUUACGGCUCUGGCUUAUGGUCAACAGAAAAAGUUUUGCAGGAUGUUGGUGAUAGGCGUCAGUCUGUGAGCCGACAGCCCUCCUUCACCCUCUCAGAAUGGACGGAUGCUCAGGAGGAUCUCCUGGACAUGGACCCCAUACCCCAGACACCAGUCUUUGACCUGGGUGUCGACACCAGGACAGAGGGAGACGCUGUGACCCUUACCGUCACACCUGUGGGGCUUCAGGAGAGGUGAGAAUGUGCACUUAACUUUACUUGAUCUUUGUCCCUUGGCUUUUUUUAGUCCUGUUUCAUUUAGCUGGACAAUUCUGUGAAUGUCAGACCAAUAAUGUCCUCUUAUAGAUAUUAAACUAUUGAUUUCAGCUUUUAUUUUCUCCCUUUUAGAUAACUGAACAUCCAUUUGCAUGUGUCCAAUAUUCAGCUGACAGGUUAUUAACCUGAACCUGAUGUUGGUCUCAGUUCACACCUGUUAUUGCAUUUCUCCAGUAUCAUUUAAUAAAUUUCAAAAUAAACCCUCCAAAGUCUUUUGAAGAUACAAAAGGCAUUGUAUUACCUCGCCCACAAUGAUAUUUUUCUCAUUCCCCUCCCCCACUUCUGUCUUAUCAUCGAAUCUUGGCUCUAAAUCAUUGACUCAAACUGCUAAACAAAUGGUGAUCUUGGCUCCAACACUUUGGCUCCCAAGUAUUUUGUGUAAAUCAUUGAAUCUGUAUUUCACAGGAGGGGCUCCAAUGUCUCCCUGACUUUGGACAUGUGCACACCAGGCUGCACUGAGCCCUACGGCUAUGGAGCCCAGCUCUCUCCCCGGGACCAGUCUGCCAAGGAGUACCUCAGACAGGGUACACACAGCCUGACCCCAGCCAUGUUGCACACACGGGCCAUGGACGAUCAGAGCCUCCAGGCCGAGUUUUAUGUGAGUGCUCUUACUGCAUCCACCUACAUGCUUUAGAUUACCAAGGAUAAGCAGCGACUCACCAGGAGAGAAAUACAAUGACACAUACACAUACACACAGAGGCACAAAUGCACACACCCCCAGUGGAGCACUGUACACACCCGUAAGCUUUUCCACUGUGUUAGUGGGCGAUGGCAGGAUGGAUACUGGCAUAUUUGCAUACAAAACUCCACUGUGGAUUCCAGUGUCUGCAAGGCAGAAGGAUAAGGGUUUGAGAUCAAAAUGAGGUGGCCACAGAAUUUGAAUCUCUCACACGUUGAUUGUGACUUUGGUUAUUUUGGUUGACCAAAUUGGAUUUUCUCACAGUUUGUUGGUGCCAUUUCAGCCACAUUUUUAUCCCAGGAACUUACCUGAAAGACUAAGGGACUGAGAAAAUGCUGUCUUUUUGAAUGCCUUAAAAAUGGUCCUGUCUUUCUGUGUGAUGAUGACUUAUUUUGUAUUCAGCAACGUAUAGUUUUUAUGCAGCUGCGCGGCUGUUUCUCCCAUCUGUGUCCAGACCCCACUCGUUUUGCCAUCCUGCUGUCAGCUGGUACUAUGCUAGUUGAGCUUAGCCUAUGCUAGGGCUGAUAAUUAUGAGGUACAGUCAUAUCUGGUGCCCAUGACCAGAGACUCACUGCAUCCUUGUACACUGGUCACUUGUAGUAUUAAAUUGAAGAGUCUUUCCAAUCAAACCAAGUUCGACCCAAUGAGGGAGAAAAGCCGUUGAAAGGCAGUUAUGCUAGUCUGAUCUUGCUCUGUGCACUGUGAAACCGCCUCUCCUUUUUUGGAGGGCCAUGCCAUAGGAAAAUUACCAAGACGUUAUAAAAUAUCUUCUGCCUGAUGUAGUGGUACUGGUCACACAUGAGGGCAGUGCUUCCAUAAAGUUGUAAGAUCUUGGGUAGCUACAUCUCAGCUGACUAAUUUACCUGAGGGAUUUUUAGACUUUGGUUUAGCUCCUGAGACCUGAUGUCCUGGGGAUUUUUGGUGUAAACGUAGCUUUAAAUGGCAGGACCAGGACUUUCCCCAUCCCUGGGAGUACUAAUUGUUGUGGCAUCCAUUGUUCUGUGUUCAUUGGCAGGAAACUCCCAUGAACUUUGUAGACCCCAAGGAGUACAACUAUCCUGGGCUGGUGAGAAAGAACCGCUACAAAACCAUCUUACCCAGUAAGUACAGCUGCAGCAAGAUGUGAAACAGCCAAGAAAGGGAUAAUCCAUUUUUGUUGUUAUGUAAUGGUUCAAAAGCAACUUUUUUACUGUCUCAGUGUAAUAAUUUAAUUUGGUGCUUUCAUUAAAUUUUAGCACAUACAUUUUUCUGAGUGUUGAAACUCACACUGAAGCAUCCAUAGAGGCACAGUCUUCAUAAUAAGCAGAUUUGUAAGAUUUCGUGUAGUAAAUAAAGUUCAUAUUAUUGAAGUCUUUUGCAGUCACUUUAAUAUCAACCCAUCUGUCCCUGCUUCUCAUGGUACACUCUUUCUAUCCACCUCCAGACACACAUAGCAGAGUGAUGUUACAGUCACAGGAUGAAGAGGAUUUCCUCACUACCUACAUUAAUGCUAAUUAUCUUAAAGUGAGUGAAAUUAUGAGCAUGAAUAAGCAAUGAAUUCAGAGCAAUACAACUGCUGUAUCUUUAUAUGCUUUUUCUUCAUAUGUGCGCAUUUGUGCAUAUUUCAGGGUUAUGGGGGUGAAGAGCAAGCUUAUAUUGCCACCCAAGGUCCCACAGUGAACACUGUGGGAGACUUCUGGAGGAUGGUGUGGCAGGAAAGGUGCCCGAUCAUAGUAAUGAUCACCAACCUGGAGGAGAAAAACGAAGUCAGUGUGGAAAAAAUUACUGAAACAUGAUGAUGAUAAAUAAAAACAAAUAAAUAAAACGAUAAAAAAUGAAUGUACAAUUGAUUUAACUUGAUAAGUGAAAAUAUAUAUCUGUGCUGUUAUUUCUUGCAGAAAUGUGCAGAGUACUGGCCUGAAGACUCUGUGACCCAUGAGGGCAUUGAGAUCACUGUCAUCUCAGUGACCCAGGAAGAUGACUACAGUCUGAGGGUUUUUACUUUGAAGGUAAGACACUGAGAAACUAGCAGUGUGUCACACAGGUAAGCUGAACAGUGCAAAACAUCCCUUGAAAUAAGGAAAUGUCAUAUUGAAAAGAUAACAAAACUUGUUGUAUUUGUCAUCUCCUGUUCCGAAAAGAAAGUUGUUUGAUUUAUUAGAAGAACUUCUGUGUAAAAUCUGUAUAUAAAAGGUGCUUAGCUUUUCAAUAGGUAGUGGAAUUGAUGAAUGAAGGCUAGGUUUUCACCAUGACAGCAAAACUUUUUUUUUUUACAUUUGUUCCUUUAACUGUGAAUCAAAAAUGCAGUGUGCCACAAUGCUUUUAAUACAUGAAAAUUUUCAUCUACAUUAGCUGAAGCUCUUUAUAAGGCUGAAAGGAAAUCAUUUAAAAAAAAUUUUGAUCAAUAAGAAGGAAUCAUGAUAUUCACGAUAAAAGCACUGCCAUUAAACACGGAGGUGAUCCUGGGCUCUUAACAGACACAGUGCAAAUUUAUUUUCUUUCUUUCUUUCUUUCUUUUGUAUCAGACCUUCAUGGUGUCUAUCUGCCUAGCAAUGGUUAAUUAAAAGUUCCUGGACCAGCUGUACAUUCAGUUCCAUUUGUGUGUUCAUAAUGGGUGCUUUGUAUGUAAUUGGGGUCUUGGUCGCAUUGACAUUUAGCAAGCCAAACAUGAUAAUUCAGUAAAUACUGCCUCCACCUGAUUACUAAUCGGCAGGGGAUCAUUAUAUAACUGCGCUUUGAGUUAAAAGCUUGUUGUUUAUUCAGCCUCUCUGGUUAAUGUUGUCUAUCUGUUGGAUUAAUGAUCACUGACAGACCCUGUGGGAAAAACAGGCAGCUGAUGGAUCUGAUUUCAUUACACUAAAGGCAACAGAGGAGGAGACUCUUUCUGCAAAUGCUCACUCCUUUUUUUUUUUUUUUUUUUUUUUUUGCUGUUACUCUGUGUUCAUUGUUGUCGUAGCAACUAAUACCAAGGUGACAAUUAUUUGGAUUAACAUUCAGAGCUGCAGUCGUAUCAAAAAUCAGUGUCAGCCUCCAUGGAUGAGUGCGUAACAUGAUCUCAUCAUACUUUCAUGCAUGAACACAUAUCUGUAUGCUCCUGUGUGAAUGUGUGUGUCUGUGGGUAUGUGUGUGUUGCAGUGUGAAGGCGAAGAGCGCAGUCUGCGGCAGUACUGGUACACCUCAUGGCCAGAUCAGAAGACUCCAGACAAAGCCCCACCUCUCCUGGAGCUGGUGCAGGAGGUGGAGAGGGCUCGAGAGGAAGCCCCACCUUCCAGUGGUCCUACAAUUGUCCACUGCAGGUAAUAAAAUCACUCUUGUGUGAUUUAAAAACACAGAUCAAUACAAUAAUACUUUUUGUUUGAUUGUACUCCUGUUAAAUUGAAAUUUUAAAUAUUUGACAAAGCAAUUCAUCCAUCCCUGUUGAGUCUCUGGUGUCUGAUUUCAUUUGUCAGAUUUGGUGUCAGUGAACUUAGUUGCAUCAUUUAUAUAUAUUUUUUUUCUGCAUCUUAGAGCUACCAUUUUAACUUUUUGUCCCCAGUGCUGGAAUUGGUCGAACAGGCUGUUUUAUCGCCACCUCCAUCCUGUGCAAGCAGCUGAGGACUGAGGGCGUGGUGGACAUCCUGAGAACCACCUGCCAGCUCCGUCUGGACAGGUGAGAAACUCUCAGUCCAUGCAGAUCCUGCAUGACUAAUGCAGCCACUUGCAUUGUCAUCAAAAGAAAAGAGUCUUGACAAUUUUAAUUGAUGUGGUUCCAAAUCGUUAAUGAAAGUUAGCCGCUCUGAAGUUAAGAUUUCAGAAUAUCACAAAGAAAGACCCGCAACGCAUCUCAAAUAUGUCUCAUAUUAUGGCAUUGUGGCUGAAUCUUUGUUUUUUUUUAAUUUCAAACUAUGAAAACCUGCUUUGGCCACUCUCUUUUGUUGUAUAGAAAGCUAAUGUAUUUGUAAUUUUUCAUGUCUCUUCAAUCUGUGUUUAACGGAUGUGAUGGGUUGUUUUGUCCCCAGGAUAUGAGUCUAUCCUUGAAAAAACCCCUAAAAAGGGAUUACCAUCAGCCUAUUUUCACCACAAAUGUUAAUUUAAAUGUCAAUAUAGCAGACUUCUAGUUAGUCUGACCAUAUGGAUCUGAGAAACCCUUUGGUGGCUGUAGGAUCUGGGCCCAACAAAGCACAUCUUUUAAGGUUAAAUUUGAUUUGGCGGCUUAAGUAUUAGUGGCUUUAAACAUGGGUGUGGCUUAAUGAGCCAAUACUCCAUGCCCAUCUACCAAACCCAUUUCAAACAUGUAAUUUCUCCACUUGACUCAUGUACCAAAUUUUGUAACUUUACCAAUAUUAUUAGAUCUUCAAAAUACAGCUGUCACAUUUGAACAAAAACAAGGGAGUUUCUUUCAAUGAAAGACCAAAUGUGAAAUGUCCAACAAGAAACAAAAAGGUACUGGAAAAACAAGGCAGCCAUGAGGCAGAGUAGAUGACUAUCUGACACAAAGAGAAGGCAACACAGAGACUUAAUACACAUGAGGUAACAAGCAAUGACAGACAGGUGAGGCAAGGCAUAGGUGCAAACAGUGAGGACUCACAAUCACAAGAGAGGGAAAGCACAGGAAGUAAAACUAGACCAGAAACACAAAGAUAAGGAACUACAGAAUAAAACAGAAAACAGUGAAAACUAACCCUAAGAAUAAAACACUGAAAACACAAGAGAAUCAGGAACAUGACGAUACUGAACCAAAACACAAACUACAUGGCAGUUACAUCCUGUUCCAGUGUGAUAACAAACAUUUACUACUUGAAUACUUUAGGGGGUAAAUUAAGCAUAAUUUCUCCAAAGUUUUUCAUGAGACCAUUAAAAUACGGAAAUUUCAUGCAAGCCUGAUGAGUGUGCAAAAACAUGCAAGUUUUCAGGCCUCAAAAAAGCAAUGCAUUUUCCAGUAGGAAAACUACAAAUCCUCUUACAUGAGCUGAUGCGUCACAACAAUAAAGCAUUUUAUGUACCAACUGCAACCACACCUAUUGAAAUACACAAAUAAUAAUACAACCACUGUAAACAUAGUAAGAAAUACAAGACAUCCCUACACUGCUUGCAAUGAAAAGUGUGCAGUAUGUGUUACUGUUAGUCAGUCACACUUUCAUUUGACAAAUCAUCAGUCCGGGUAUUGCACUGACAGAUAAUGUGAUUAACAUUUUAAUCAUUAUAGGUGGAGUUUGGUUUACUGCAACACAGUUCAAACGAAAGCUUCAAAAACAUGAGGACUUAUUCAAUGCAUGAGACAUCAGUAGGACUACAGUAAACUAAGUCAGUGGGCUUUUGAUGGAUACCAUUUAAAAUGUCAUGCGUUAACAAUCAAUCAGCUCUUUAUGGAUUUAUUUUGCGAUUAUAGAGCUUUGAGCUAAAUGGUAAUGUUAGUUAGCUAAUGCACAAUAAAUUGAGAUAUGCUGGUCUGUUUAGUGGGCAUUACUUUUACCACAGUCAUGUGCAAUUAACAAACAAUAUUUGCCAGCAAAAACAAACUUCUUUUUCUUAUUUUCCUCUUGGUUUUCCAGGGGAGGGAUGAUCCAGACGAGCGAGCAGUACCAGUUUGUGCAUCAUGUCCUCAGCUUGUACGAGAAGCAGCUGUCUCACGCUGCUGAGGAGUAG